AUGGUCCUCGGCUGGCUGCUAUUGGUACUGCUGCUGGCCACGCCCCUGGGUACCAGGGCGGCCAAGGACUGCAUCUUCUGUGAGCUGACCGACGCCACCAAGUGCCCCGGCACUCGCAUACGCUGUGGCGAUGAUGAAGAUUGCUUCACAGGCCACGGGGUGGCCCAAGGCAUGGGGCCCGUCACCAACAAAGGCUGUAUCCACUCCACCAACUGCGGCCGUGAGGAGCCCAUCAACUACAUGGGCCUUACCUACAGUCUCACCACCAACUGUUGCUACGGCCAUUUGUGCAACCGUGGUUCCAGUGCCAUGGGCAGCCGGGUGGCUGCCGUCCCCAUGGGCCUGGCACUGGCCUCAUGGCUACUGCAGCACCUGUGA